GAAGCGCUUGCCUUCACCGUCAUUGCAGCGAACUCGAUGCUGGUCUUUCCUCGAGUUGGCACGGGGUUUACACCUCAGACACUUCUAAAAACAUGCAAAAGGUUUUCUUCACGUAUCCACUCGGCUUCCAACCCCCUGCCGGCUUCAUUUUUACGAGGAGGAACAUCCAAAGGUGUAUUCUUGAAUCAGGCGGAUCUUCCUCGUGAUCAUGCACAAUGGACUCCCGUAUUUCUUGGGAUUAUGGGUUCUCCUGAUGCAGAAUACGGUCGACAAUUGAAUGGGAUGGGAGGUGGAGUUUCUAGUCUGUCCAAGAUCUGUGUCGUAGGACGUCCGUCUGAUGAACAGAAGUCUCGAGGAAUCGACGUCACAUAUACAUUCGCGCAGAUCGGUAUUCGCGACAGUGUCGUUGACUACUCCGGCAACUGCGGAAACCUUUCCAGUAUGAUUGGCGUCUUCGCAUUGGAUGAGGGACUAUGUGUCCCUCGUAUCAAUGAUGACGCACAACCUCUUACCACAACCAUCCGAUCAUUCAAUACGAAUACGAACAAAAUCAUAGACACUACGUUCCCCGUGUCAGACACGGAAGGAUCUGUGACGGCUCUGCUUGAUUUACCCCAAAGCUCCAUCGCUGGAGUUCCCGGCAAAGCCUCGCAGAUCAUCCUCGAUUUCGUGAAGCCAGGGGGUGCUCGAACGGGUAAACUACUGCCAUCUGGAGAUCCUAUUACCAACGUGUCUCUUACUUUGGGGGGCGUGCCAAAAACAGUUCCCGUGUCUCUGGUAGACGCCACAAACCCCACUGUCUUCGUGACAUCGGAAGACCUUUGUGAUGUAUUGGGUCUCCAGAAGUCUGCAUCAAUUGAUUUCACUGAUUCAGAAGUUCUCGAAACCAUGGAGGAAAUCAGGAAAGGCGGUGCUAUUAUGAUGGGUUUGGAUCCCACCGCACAAGCGCAGCCGAAGUUUGCUGCUCUCAGUGCCCCGUCUGAAGGAGAAAUCGCUGACGGAGUGGAUAUCGUCGUCCGCGCUUUGUCUAUGGGCGUUCCUCAUAAAGCUGUGCCUAUGACCGUUGGUCUAUGCCUAGGAGUCGCUUGCAACCUAGCACAUACGAAUGCUUGGUACAUCGUGCGCAAAUCGCGAAGAGGCGACUCCGAGUCGCGUGCGGGCAAUCCUUUGAUUACGAUUAAGCAUCCUGGCGGGCUGGUUGAUGUAGGUGCUGAGAUCAGUACGGACGGAGAGGUACUCAGCGCAAAGGUGGUUAGGACUGGUAGAAGACUUAUGAAGGGGCUUGUUUGGUGGUAGCCACCAUAUUUGCAAGUUGCCGUUGGGCAAUUUAGUCAAGAAGCAAAGUGGUGAAUGGAAAAUCUGCACUAUAAAAAAUGGUGGAUAUAUUUUGUAUGGCUGCGUGGUCUAAUGGUUAUGACGUCUGCUUCACAUCAGAGCUCUGACAUGAAGUCGCUGAAGGUUCCCGGUUCGAUCCCGGGCGCAGUCACUUUUGGCUCCAGUUCUUAACUAUAUUGUAUUCAACGGUGGAUCACUCGUUGAAUUGCAAACGUAGUGUCAGAGAUCGGCGUAGGCUAUAAUGUACACUGUAAUUAUUCGACACAAAUGCGCAUAUCUAUCAUAUGAUGGGCAAAGCGAACAUAGCGAAGAGAGCAUGCAAAACAACUGCGACAAGAAAAGAAACAAGUAGCGAGAAUAACCAAGAAUUACUGUGCAUGGGAGGUGGUAGUAUUAGCUACAUCAUCAGGCCACAGCAAGGGUGGCAUCUGGAAGCGAGUUACACUCUUCAAGAACUGUUGCCAUUGCACAUCCUUCUCACGUCGUUCCUGCAGUUCGGCAAGCUGCGCGGCACUCGGCGUAUGAAGAUGAAGGACGAAGACCCGAUCCUCAAAAUCGCCGGAAAAGUAGAGCUCAAAGCUGUUCUUUCCCGACGCAACUUUCUUUGAGUAAUCCACGAGAUGAUCCUUCGU